AUGCCAAAUCUCCUCCAAAUGCUGGAACUCAAACUAAAUGAAACCUUCUCAGUCCUGCUGCCACUCUUUGGCCUCAGAUAUUUACUACUUCUGGCCAUUUUCCUCAUUCUCUUUUACAGAUGGUCUUCUUCUCAUACCAAAUCAUCGUCUGUACCACCAUCUCCACCAAAGCUGCCUGUGAUUGGAAAUCUCCACCAACUGGGGUUGCUUCCUCACCGCUCUCUUCAAACCCUAUCACAACGCUAUGGCCCUGAUCUAAUGCUCCUUCAUCUCGGAAGCAGACCGGUCCUUAUCGUCUCGUCGGCCGAGGCUGUCUCCGAGAUCUUCAAAACCCAUGACCUCACCUUCUCCGACAAACCCAAGUAUAUCUUCGCGGAGAAGGUUAUGUACAAUUACAAGGACAUCUUGACAGCACCUUAUGGGGACUACUGGAGGCAGAUGAGGAGUUUAUGCGUCGUAAAUCUGUUGAGCAACAAAAGGGUUCGUUCUUUUGGUGCUGUGAGGCUAGAGGAAAUGAAAGUCAUGAUGAACAAGAUUGAACAGUCUUGUAGUACUGAAACAUCGUCCUCCUCUGCAUCAUCAUCGGUUUUGAAUCUCAGCGAAAUGUUUAUGAAGCUUACUAAUGAUGUCGUUUGUAGAGUUGCUAUGGGUAGAAAGUACAGCGAUCGGGCCGAAGGUCGUGGGAGGAUGUUUAUGGAGCUUUCUGCAGAGAUGUCCGAGUUCUUCACAAGGGUCAAUAUUGGUGAUUAUAUCCCAUGGCUUGCUUGGUUCACCCGUGUGAAUGGUUUUGAUGCAAAACUAGACGAUCUGGCUAAGAGGAUGGAUGGCUUCAUUGAUAUGGUUAUUCAAGAGCAUAAGGAUAAAUCAAACAAUGUAAAUGAUGAUGAUGAUAAUCACCAGGACGAAAAGGAUUUGGUGGAUGUUUUGCUUUCGGUUCAGAAAGAAAAUGCACUUGGUUAUCCUAUUGAUCAGGUUAGCAUCAAGGCUAUCAUCCUGGAUAUUUUUGUGGGCGGCACGGACACUACAUUUACCGCUCUAGAGUGGGUAAUGUCUGAACUAUUAAGAAAUCCAGAGGUGAUGAAGAAAUUACAAAAUGAAGUUAGAGGCAUAGUUGGAAAUAAAGCCAACGUAAGCGAGGAAGAUUUGGUUGGAAUGCACUACUUGAAGGCAGUAACUAAAGAGACUUUUCGCUUACAUCCUCCAGCUCCGUUACUAUUGCCUAGGAUGUGCAACAAAGAUGUAAAAAUUAAAGGUUACACCAUUAAGGCUAAUACACAAGUUAUGGUUAAUGCAUGGGCGCUUGGCAGAGAUCCUGCAUCGUAUACAAAUCCGGAGCAGUUCGAGCCAGAAAGGUUCUUGAAUAGUAACAUAGAUUAUAAAGGGAAUAACUUCGAAUUAAUUCCAUUUGGUGCUGGCAGACGGGGCUGCCCUGGAAUUCAGUUUGCUUUGGUUCUUGAAGAGCUUGCUUUGGCAAAUAUUGUGCACAAGUUUGAUUGGGUUUUACCUCAUGGUGCAAAAGAAAAGGAUUUCGACAUGACAGAAACUGCAGGCACAACUGUCCAUAGAAAGUAUCCUCUUAAGGCAAUAGCUACUCUAUUUGAGGUUCCUAAUAAGAAUUCUUCUUCUAGGUCAAGCUGUUAA